CUUAAAGACCUGACUAAUGCUGGGGUGGGCUCAGCGAUCCCACCUUUGGGAUUCACCCCAGCCAAUGCUUCAGGGUUGCAGUAGCACAAUCCACCUCAUCAUCCAAGAUUUAGCUUCCCUCCAAAGUCAAGGUCCUAGUGCUUUACUCCAGGAUAUUAAAGUUUUAGUGGUGGCACAUGACAUCCCCACCAGACUGUUCCCAGACUGGUUAGUGGCAGUAGCGACAUCUCCCAUGACAUGGCCAUCAAGGACCAUCCAGUCACAGUCGACAGCAGAGGUGGUUGCAGAGUGCCUUACCCUCGGGCUCAAGCUGGCAGCCUCCAUUCACAGCUUUGAGGAUGACAGCGAGGAUGCGACUGAGAGCAUACCCACUGUUGAACGUGAGCUGCUGAUCCCAGCAGAGACAAUUAACUACUUGUGUAAAGCUGAGGAGUGUACAAGUCCAGAAGAUUUUCUGAGAACUUACUUAGGUCCUUCACAACCCACCCUGGACUCAGAAACGGUGUGGCCUGUUCCGUCUUACCUCUCCACAUGA